AUCUCUAUUCACAGUAAAUAGAAGCAUGGAGGCUCUGACUCUCGGGAGCUAACAGCGAGCAGCGGGGGGUAAAAACGCUGCCGCAUGCGCUCUUGCCUUGACUAAAACACACAGGAAGGAAGCGUGAUAGUGGUGAGGCUUUGGCCAGUUGGACUGAACUCAUUUUAAGUGAAAGCAAGGUGUGCUGGUGGCGACAGGAGCGGGACAGCCCGCCGUGCAGAGCAUGAAGCGGACGGCUGUGGUGGCCAGGCACAAUGGCCUCGUCUCUCCGUUGGGGAACAACAACUCUGGAGCUUCUAGCAUCGUCUCGCCACCCCAGCCGAGAGCUACCAGUAUCCCCGCUUCUGCCGACACCGAUGCGGGCGGUGGGAUGGACGGCCUGCUGGAUUUCUCCAAAGGCCCCACCGUUAAAACGGAGCUAGUGUGCAAAUGGAUUGACCGAACUUCUUCAAGACAGAGGCUUGGGCGGACGGCGACAUCCGUCUGCGAUCAAACUUUCAGCUCCAUGCACGAGCUCGUGGACCACGUCACCACCGAGCAUGUAGCAGCGGGGCUGGAAAGCCUCAGUCACGUCUGUAUGUGGGACGAGUGUAUGCGCGGCGGGAAGGCGUUCAAAGCCAAAUACAAACUCAUUAACCACAUUCGCGUGCACACCGGGGAGAAGCCGUUUUCAUGCGCAUUUCCCAAUUGCGGCAAGAUGUUCGCACGCUCUGAAAACCUCAAGAUCCACACGCGCACGCACACUGGUGAGAAGCCAUUCCAGUGUGAGUUUUGCGAGCGGCGCUUUGCCAACAGCAGCGACCGAAAGAAGCACUCGCAGGUCCACACAGCCUCAAAGCCCUACGACUGCAAGGCAGUAGGAUGCACCAAGUCUUACACCCACCCCAGCUCCCUGCGCAAACACAUGAAGGUUCACAUCAAGUCAUCACCUACCUCUGAAACCCAGGACCUGUACAAUGCCAUCCCUCUUCAACUCCAGCAACCUCAUCCGGCUGUCCUCGAGCCCCUUGACCUUAAAAUGAACCACCUCUCUCCAUCACUUACUGACAAAAACACUCAUUUUUCUCUGCUGUCCAAUCACGAAUUGGAUCUCAGUUCAGCCAGCGAAGUGGACCAUAAGCUGCUGCUACGGAGUUCGUCUCCGGUAGCAAUGCCUCUGGAUCUCUCUCUUUCAGGCCUGAAGAGCCAGCUGAGCCAGCAGCAGCAGAGCGGCAGGACCCCACGGAGGAGCCAGCGCUCAGUCAACCCAGCCUUACCUCAGUUGUCUAACAUUAAGGAGUGGUAUGUCUGUACCAGGACUACAGCACCACACUUUCCUCUCCUUCACCCAGACCACAUCAAAUCAGAACCUAGUGAUGACGAGGAGUAUGUCACGUAAAGUUGAGGGACUGGUGAAAUUUGACUCGAAGAACAGAUCUCAUAUCGUCAGAUCCAGGUUGGGCCACAACAAGCAUGGUUCCACAUCGGUGGCCCUCGGUGAAGGUCAAAGGGACUGUGUCACAUUAAAAAUGUGUGGAUUAUCAGAAACGGCUCAAAUGGUGUCGGAAAGGACGGGAGGAACUCCUGAUUAUGAAACAAAAUGUUUUACUGCAAGUUAUCAGUCAUGGCUAGCUAACCUGAACUAAGAUAAGGAGUUAACUCUGUGCAAGUGGAUCAGCGAAUAUUAAAGAGAUUUAUGUACAUGAUGACCUCUAGAGAGACGGAUCAAUGACCAACUCAAGGGCUUCACUUAGAUGAAGCAAUUUUAGGGGCCAAGUUGAUGGAAAGAGGUUAAUGUUUCCUUGAUGUCACAGCACCAAUGUACACAAGGUAACACGGCAGGACCAAACCAGCAGGUACACAGGGGAGUACUUUAUAGUCUCUGUAUGCUUUGAGCAGACUGGUUUGUACAAUUGUAAAACGUUGAUCUGCAGCAGCUGAUUCUGCUGUCAGGCCGCCACCUCUGUGGAAGCAUACAGAGGUCUUUAGUAACAAACAGAUGGCGAAAACAUGUCCAGAAGUAUUUGUGAGUUUAAUCCAACGUAGCAGAAGUCAGUGAAACUACACUCACAUCCUUGUUUGUACUGACUCUCCCACUGAAUCUCGGUUGGAUGAUGAGUGAGUUAAUCUCCUGUGUUUGUUUACACUUCAUUUCCAGCACCUGAAGGUUUCAAAAAUCCCAUGUCCUACACACAAUGUGCGUCAAUAAAUCAAGAAAGAAGUA